AUGGAAUUUAUGAGUGAUAUUGGCUCAGGCGCCGACAUUUAUCGUCCCUCUUUGUUCGAGUUAGUCGCACAGGAAAAAUUGCGCGAUCUCAUUCAACCAGCUGUCAAAUAUAUUUUAUCGGUAUAUGCUCAACGAUAUCCUAGAUACUUGCUUCGCUUAUUUAAUCAAUUUGAUGAGUUUUAUGCUCUCGUAACGUUAUUGGUUGAGAAACACUACUUGAAAAAUUAUUACGCGUCUUUUGCUGAAAGCUUUUAUGGAUUGAAAAGAAUUCGGUCGAUACGAACAAAAAUCAACUUACCUGAGGCAGCACCGGAUGCCGAUUUACAAAAACUAAAGAAUUCUGAUAUAUGGCUAUCCUUAUGUUUUUUGGUUGGAAUUCCUUACAUAAAAACAAAGCUCGAUAAUAAAUAUGAAGAAAUUAGUGGAGGUGUUGGUGCAAGAUUAUUAGGUGUCACAUUUUCUCGAGAAAAUAAUGAGGGAAAUAUCCAACAGCUUAAUCGUAGAGAACGUAUACGUCGUUUCAUCCGGCGAUUUUUUAAGAUAUUUUAUCCAUGGCUGAAUGCUUUUUAUCAUGGUUCAAACCUAUUAUAUAACAUUUUAUAUUUAUAUGAUAAAACGUGUUAUUACACACCAUGGCUAAGGUUAAUGGGUAUAGAAAUUCGUAGAAUGACCGCACAAGAUUACCGUGAGCAGUCUGAAAGAAGAAAGAAUUUACCAAGAAAUAAAUUGCAAUCGACAACGCUGCUUCAAAUCAGUCGUUAUUUUUCAAGCCUGAUUUUAUCGGACUUGCUAGACUUUCUCAAAAUUCUAUUGCCAAUGUCUAUAUUCUUUUAUAGAUUCUUGGAGUGGUGGUAUUCGAGCGAAUAUGCAAGACAACCAGGUCGUGUCGAUGGAAUAGAUGUGCCACCUCCUGAAAUUAUAGCGCCUGAUCCGCGAGGAAUUCCGCUUCCAGACACACCUAACGUAUGUCCAAUUUGUUCGAAUCUUUUGACUAAUCCAACAGCACUUUCAUCCGGGUAUGUUUUUUGUUAUCUUUGCAUUUCUCGUCAUAUCGAGGAUUAUGGGAGAUGUCCAAUAACUUUGAUCAAAGUUGAGAUCGAUGAACUAAGGAAGAUCGAAAAUAGCAAAAUGAACACUAUUUCAGAAAAAGAAAAGGAGAUUGAUAUCGUAUCACAACCUUUUGACAAUGAACAAGUAAGAAUAUCAUCUCCUAACAAUUUAUCGGAGGAAAUUUUGUCAGAAAAAACUCAAGAUAAAGUUUCAGAAGCAGAGACUGAAUCUUCAACAAAAACUAAUACAUCAUCAAACUUGCGGAGAUCAACGAGAGCAAGGAAACCACCAAGUUGGUUGUUGCAAGAUGAUACAUUAAUCACUCGGCGGAAAUCACGCCGUAUAGAUAAUAAAGGCGAGGGAGAUGAUGAUAAAAAGCAUGUUUCAGACGUUGAUACGAUCAAUGACACCAAUAAAUCAACACAAAAUGUUAAGAGAAAGCGUGGGAGACCUAAAAAAUCUUCAAUUACAAAUUCUAGUGAAGAUAAUACCCCAGAUGAAAUAAUCAAUGAGUCACCAGCUUCCGAAGUUAUUAUAGUUAGAGAAGAACCAGUUGUAACAGCGAAGAAUUCAUCCGAGCAAUUAAACAGUGAAGAUUUUGAUAAAAAUGUUUCCGAUGGACUCGUUAAUGAUUCAAAUGAAUCAGUGCCGAAUAUUCAAAAAAAGCGGGGAAGAAAAAUGAAGAAUUCAUCCAUUCAAUAUAGUGAAAAAAAUAGUUCUGAGAAUGGAACAGAUGAAUCAAAUACAACAGAACCCAAAAUUCGACGGAAGAGGGGAAGAUCAAAGAAAGGAUCUUCGUCCCAAUCAAGCGAUGGUCAUGAGAAGAAUAGACCUGAGGAAAUGGCCAAUGAAUCAAAUGGCUCAGUACCUGAAGUUCGGAAAAAACGAGGAAGGCCAAGGAAAAAUUCAUCCGAAGAGUCAAGCAACGAUCAAGAUAAAAAUGUAGUUGAGGAAGAAAUCCCUCGAAGAAGGCGAGGAAGGCCGAAAAAGGAUUCAUCCACAAAAUCUAGUGAAAUUCUUGAUAGAAAUAGUUCUGAUGAUAGUAUUAAUAAUACCGAAUCCAAUAAUUCAGAACCUGAAAUACGAAAAAAGAGAGGAAGACCUAAAAAGUCUUCAACUGCGCAAUUAGACACUGUGAAGCCGACUACAGAAACUCGUAGAGCAAAGAAGACAAAAACGCGCCAAACUACGCAACAAGGUACACCUGGGAGUACAUCAGAGAAUUCACCUGAAAAUAUAAAUAAGAUUGCUUCAGGAGAUGAUCUUGCUCCACAACCUUUAGUUUCGAUUGAACAAAGUUCUUCGAGAAAUUCUCGUAAUCUUUUAGAAGAUAGUGGAAUGUCACUUUAUCAGGCGGUUCUUAUGCUAGAUAGUGAUUUAGAGAAUACUGUAUCGGAUUGGGUAGAGACUUAUGAAGUUGAUAAUCAAAAAGCUUUACUUAUAUUGAUAAAUUUCAUAAUUCGGUCGUGCGGAUGUCCCAAGACCAUCGAACAGGAGGCUAUUGAAGACGAAGAUGCAAUU